GACUUACGGAGGACAAAAAUUACCGCGAAUAUCACACGCCAUUUCCAUUCAAUAUUAACACGGUCGGGAAAAAAAUAUAGUCCGUCGAAAUGAUCCCGCCUCCUCCGCCGCCCCCGGUCAAAGAGUGCAGGACGAGAACCAGCUUCCUGUACACGGUCCUAUCGGCACUCGAUCAAUUACAAACGCAACACGGAAGGAGUAUUAAACUCGACGCUUUAAUCAAAUAUAUGGAGAGGCACUACAAGCUCGACGGUGACGUGAAAAGUCAGGUGCAAAGCGCUUUGUUUAACGCCGAACUGACAAAUUUCAUCGUCAGGAGGAACGAUCGUUAUUCUACAGUAUCUCCUGCCGCCAAUAUACAUCUGAUCGGAGCCGAUUGUCGCAAAAGAGAAAUGAAAAGAAUACAAGGUCUGUUUAACGUCACGCGUAAAAGGAAAAGGAGUCCAAGCCCUCCGGAUCAGGGGCCUUCCAGUGGUGGCGCGAUUGACACGUCGUGUUUCUGCAUACCGAAAAGCGCCAAUACUCCGAAAGCUCAAAGAAAGAAAAGGUCGCCGAAAGCAAAAUCCAAAAGUCGAACAAUGCCGAAUAGGUCCGUACAGUUUAAGGAAGAACGGAGGAACGCUGACAGUUCCGUUGAGGAUGCCCAGAAAAAGCUGCCCGACAUCUGCCCUUGUCCGACGAACGAUGAACGAUCAGACGAUUCUUCAUCUUCAGAUAGCAAUUGAAUUUUGGUUGUUAAAUAUAAUU